GUGACCGUAACUCUGGGAAGGGUGGGGAGGGGUGAUGGAGUUUAAUCUGCACUAAAGAUAAAUCCCAGAAGGGAGACUUGGGGAAAGGGAAUACACAUGGAGGACUUUGGAUUCCUGGUGGCACUGUCAGCAGGGCACAACAGCAAGCAGGGAUUUGGGGUAACUGGCUGAUUUCCAAUCCCUCAGAUGCCACUGGGGCUGUGCCACUGUGUCCCCUGGUCCCGUGGCUAUUCCGGGAGUGGCAUGUCCAGAUGUCACCGCUGUCCCCAGUAGCUCUGGGGAGGUGGGCACACACCAGCCUUCUCCUUUCCCCCUGGAUAAGCUGAUCCAGCUGGGCAUCCCGCCUGGCACCAGUUCCAUUCCCUGUUCACUGGGACAGCCUCCAAGUGUGGGAUAAGCUUGGUUUGUCCCUGGUCACCGUGACACAGCCACAGGAGGUGACCACAGGGCUGGGGCACUGAGGUCACCAGCAGCACAGGAGCGAGGAGCCCUGGGCAGAGCUCAUCCCACGGGAUCAGCUGAUCCUGAUCCCCCCCCGCAUCCCAGCCAUCUGGAUAUAAAUCCACACCGCGGAGCCCCGUGCUCCAUCUGUGUCACCGCCAUGGGACGGAGCUGCUCCUUCCUCCUGCUCCUCUUCCUCCUGUCGCCGUGGCCCAGAGCCACCGUGGCACUCCUGCAGUACCGCCACGACUGUGGGGAGUUGGGAAUGCAGCUCCUGGUCUUCCCGUCCCAUGGCCGCACCGUCCGCUUCAAAGUUCUGGAUGAGUUUGGCUCCCGCUUUGACGUGGCCAACUGCUCCAUCUGCCUCCACUGGCUGAAUUCCAGGGAGGACGGCUCUGUCAUCUUCUCCUCUGGCUACAAGGGUUGCCACGUCCUGUUCAAGGAGAACCGCUACGUCCUGCGGGUGCAGCUGGAGGAGCUGCUGUCCAGCGGGAUCCCCGUCACCUCCUACGAGGUCAACAUGACCUGCCCCAAGCCAGGUGGCUCUGAGAUGCUCCCAGAUGGAACCCGGGAGAAGACCCGGGACAGCGGAGUCCUGAUCUCCCACACCGGCCUGCACCAGGUCUCCGAGUCCUCCCUAACCCUUACGGGAUCCCACUUCACAUCCCAAGAUCACCUGGAGCAGGUUCACACCGUGGGACACUACCAGCCCAGCUCAGUGCUUCCUGGGAUCCAGCACCAUUCCAAUCCAGCCCACUCGGGGCUUCUGCCCCAGCCUGGUGGGGCUCAUCCUGUCACCCAAAUCCAGGGAAGCUUCUUCCGCCCAGCAGUGCAGCCCCCCCAGUCUGGGGGACAGAGCCAGCCAGGGAUGCUUCGCCCAGUGCUUGUGUCCCAAAACCAUCCCAGUCUGGCGCAUCACGGGGGUCAGACCCAGCCGGGGCACCUGCGUCCAGGGUCUGUAUCCCAAAACCAGCCUGGAAUGAUGCAUCAUAGGGGUCAAAACCAACCAGGGUCUGUAUCCCACAACCAGCCAGGGAUGAUGCAUUCCGUGGGUCAAAACCAACCAGGGAUUCGCCCAGGGGCUGUAUCCCAAAACCAGCCUGGAAUGAUGCAUCAUGGGGGUCAAAAUCAGCCAGGGAUUCGCCCAGGGUUUGUAUCCCACAACCAGCCUGGCUUGACUUCCACUGGUGCCCAGACUCCAGCAGGAUUCCUGCGCCCGGGAGCUCAGCCCCUAAACCAGCCGGGAGUAUCUCAUCCCAGUCAUCACUCCAACUCCCACACUGGGCUCCCGGGCCACACUGGGCUGCUCCAUCCUGGCCAUCCCAGCCCAGCUUUGGUGCACCCAGGACUCUCAUCCUGGCCAGGUUUCAUCAGCCCUGGGCUCCAGGCUGAGCCCCAGCCAGGCCUGGGACGCCCUGGGCUGCGGCCCCAGCCUGGAUUGCUGCAUCCUGGGAUUCACUCCCAGCCCGACCUGCUGGAGUCCACAGCGCUCUUCUACCCCUCGCCAGGGGCAGGAAUGCAGCUGACACGGGAGCAGUGCCAGGUGCCGGUGGGCCGGAUGCCGUGCGUGGCUCCACAAGGGCGGGAUGCGUGCGUGCAGGCGGGAUGCUGCUACGACGACAUGGACCGUACCACACCCUGCUAUUACGGGAAUACCGCCACCGUGCAGUGCCUGCUGGAGGGACACUUUGUCCUGGUGGUCCCGCGGGGAAUGGUGGCCCUGCCGUACAACCUGGACAGCGUGCGGCUGGCCAGCAGCCAGGCGGGAUGUGAGCCCCGCCGCGUGUCCGAGGCCUUCGUCAUGUUCCGCUUCCCGGUCACCCACUGCGGCACCACGGUCCAGGCGAUCGAGGACAUGCUGAUCUAUGAGAACCAGCUGAUCUCCACCAUCGAUGUCCGGGGAUCCCCCCGUGGCUCCAUCACUCGGGACAGCGUCUACAUUCUCCGAGCUCGGUGCAUCUACAACUCCAGCGACCUCCUUCCCUUGGGAGUGGAGGUGGCCGUGCCCCCCACAGCCGCCCCCCUGGCCAUGCUGGGCCCGCUGGGGCUCCAGCUGCGGAUUGCCACCGAUGAAUCCUACAGCUCCUACCACGCUGUGGGUGACUUCCCCCUGGUGAGGGUGCUCCGGGACCCCAUUUACGUGGAAGUCCGGCUGCUCCAGAAGACGGAUCCCAAUUUGGUGCUGGUGCUGCACCACUGCUGGGCCUCCCCUGGCUCCCACGCCACAUCCCAGCCCCAGUGGCCCAUCCUGGUGGAAGGGUGUCCCUUCCAAGGGGACAACUACAGGACACGGCUGAUUCCGAUGGGUCCAGCCUCUCCGGAGCUGCCCUUCCCGAGCCACUACCAGCGCUUUGUCAUCUCCACCUUCGCCUUUGUGGAGCCCCCUGGAAUGGCUGUGCUGGAGGGGGAGGUGUACAUCUCCUGCAGUGCCUCCGUGUGCCACCUGGCCCAGCCGGAGCCCUGCCGGCCCUCCUGCCAGCUGGGAGUGCCCUCACGAGCACGGAGGUCUCCAGGGAACAGGAGGACAGGUGACAGCAUGGGGACAGUCACAUCCCAGGGAUGCCUUGUGUUUCCUGAGGUUCCCAAGAGAGGGGGAAGUCAGCAGAGAGGCUGA